UACAUCUUAUAGUUAGAAAGUGCAUUUAUUGAAACGACACAAUGGAAGAAAAAUUGAAGAAAUACAAGAAAUAUCAAUGUUACAUUAAAUAUUUGCUCGUAUGUUCGGGCUUGUGGCCGAAUUCUAAAAAAUAUCCAAAUGCAUUUAGAAUAUUUUUGAGUAUGUGCGUUGGCUUUUCGGCCAUUUUCAUAUCUUUCGGGACAUUAUUAUUCUGCCUAAAUAAUGCAACAAAUAUCAAUCGCCUAACAAGCGGCUUAGGACCUUUUAUGAGCUUCUUUACGGUUACUGUAAAGGUGAUAUUCCUGUCAUUACAUCAGAGAGAUCUACAAAGUCUUAACGAAGGCUUGUCGAAAUAUUUUGCUCGUGAUUUGGAAAUUCCCGAAUUUCGGCUUCAUUUAUUGGCGCAUUUACCGACUUUCUCCAUGUUCUUUUACAUCUUUAAUUACUCUGUCUUGAUGAAUGUAGUUUUAUAUGCUCUUGUUCCAUUGUCGUUGAUUAGCCAUGGCAAAUAUGUGAGGAUGUAUCCACAAGUUAUGCCCUUCAGUUAUGAAUUAGGUGCAGAUUUUAUAUUUAUUGUACUUAUUUAUCUUAUAGGUGGACUAGUUCAUUGGCUAAUUUACGUAUUCGAAGUGAUUUCUGGUUUUUUUCUCUGGUGCUCAACUUCUGGCGGGGACUCAGUUUUUGGAAUGUAUUCCUUGCACAUUGUCGGGGAAUUGAAGUUACUAUCUCAUCGCUUCAAAAAUCUAAAAUUUAGUAACAAUUAUAAAUGUGAAUUGAAAUACUGUAUCGACAGACACAUUGAAUUGAUGAAAGCUAAGCAAACACUGGAGCGAAUUUUUGGUUUUCUGGCAAUUCACCUAUCAAUUUCAUGUGCCUUUGUUCUAUGUGCUCUUAUCUUCCAAGCUACCGAGACCAAACACUUCACCGUUUUGAAAGUUUGCUACUUAAUUUGCUACAGCUUCUUGAAGCUAGUGCAAGCUUAUUCAUAUGCCUGGUUUGGAAAUAUUAUUUAUGUCGAAAGUCAAAUUUGUUUGGAUUCGAUAUACAACGCAUACUGGACGGAUUCGGGUAGUGUCGAAUUUAUGAACGAUGUACUUAUUAUUUUGUCCCAAAAGCCAUUACGAUUCAAUGCUAAAGGCGUCAUGAUAUUGGAGUUGAAUGUUUUCUCUAAGAUAGUAAAUACUUCUGUAUCAUACUUUUUCUUGCUGCGAACUUUAGAAGAAACACUUAACGUGACUUCUUCAUAA